AUGGCAAGUUGUGUGCAGCUUUUAGGAGCAUCAGCAAGUCCGUUUGUGAACAGGGUUCAAAUGGCUCUUAACUUAAAGUCUGUUGAGUAUGAGUUCAUUGAGGAGAAUCCCAAUGACAGAAGUGAGCGCCUUCUUAAAGCUAAUCCUGUUAUAAAGAAAAUCCCAGUUCUUAUCCAUGAUGGCAAACCUAUUUGUGAAUCCCUUAUCAUUGUUGAAUACAUCGAUGAUGCUUGGAAUAAUGGUCCAUCCAUACUCCCUUCCGACCCCCACGACCGCGCCUUAGCCCGGUUCUGGGCUGCCUAUAUUGACGAUAAGUGGUUUCCACUAUACAAGAAGCUUAGAGAAGCAUCAACAGAGGAGGGAAGAAAGGAAAUUCUAGACAGCAUAUUUGAAGGUUUGGUCUUGUUGGAGGCGGCUUUUGUCAAAUGUAGCAAAGGGAAGCCCUUUUUUGGUGGAGAUAAUGUUGGUUACCUUGAUAUUGCACUAGGUUGCUACAUGGGAUGGAUGAAAGCGACAGAAAUAUUAAUUGGCGUAAAAUGGCUCGAUGAGAUCAACAACCCGGGCUUGGCAGAAUGGGCGGAGAGGUUUUAUUCACAUAGUGCUAUUAAAGAUGUUAUGCCCGAGACUUCGAAGCUGGUGGAAAUUUAUAAAAUGUACCAAGCAAGGAGAAAUCAGCUUCUGGUCGAUAAUCCACAAGAUGGUUUUUGCUGUUUCUUGGCAUGUAUGUUUUGA